AUGAGGAUAGAAGGAGAAAAAGGUGUGAAAACACAAUCCGCGCCAAAACAUUGGCCGCGGACGCGCAAAAGAAUUUUGGCCGAGCAAUUCCAAUUCUGGCCGACCGUUACGGUCGAGCCGGGAAGGAAUAGCCGUGCUCGGCCGGAUCUACUUGCGCGACAGAAAACGUUCGCGCGACACGCACGAACCGGGAAAGAAGCCGCGAUCGGCCGAAAUUUUCGUAUCGGAACGGACCGACCGUGCCGGUCGAUCCGGGAAACAAACUCGGCCUCGGCCGAAAUCUCUCGGCCAAAACGAAUUUGGCCGACCAAAUCGCUCGACCGCGACAAAAUCCAUCGGCCAUCGGCCCAAAACUUUUCUAGGCCAAGGUGGAACCUAGGUACACCAAUGGCAAAGACAAAAGGAAAUGAGAGUAUGAAGAAGAAGAAGAACCCAUUCAUGGAACCACCAAAGAAGCAAAUCAAGCUAGGGAGUAGUAGCUCCAAUGCAAGAGCAGCAAUACCAACUUCACCACAUUCCAUUGAUGCAAUCAAGAACAUGUGGAGAGUCCAAGAAGAGGAGAAGAUGAUUGGGCACUUGUAA